AUGCAAAACCCUGAGUCAGAAGCAAGUAACCUCCGACCUGUAAGACGGACUUCAGUGCCCGCUCACCUGGCAGAGUAUGAUCUCAGUGGACCAGGGGCCCAGAGCCAGUUCAAGUCAGCAUCCAGAGCCACGGGUCUUCCACAGAGAGAGCAUUCGCCAAGAUCCAUAUCUCCUAUCAGUCAGAACUUUGGAGGUAUUGAUGAAGUACAGGAGCCAGAGCUCUCCAGUUCUCCAGCUCGAGCCACAGGAGGACAGGAGACCACCUGCAUCCCAGAGUUAAGUGCUGCCCUCAUAGAGAUGCGUCGGGACAAUGCUGAGCUCCGUACCCAGUUCCAGAGCCUGAUGACUGCAUUCCAAGCCCAAUUGGACGUCUCCCAAGUGCCUGGAGCUCUGCCUAACCCCCCAUACUAUGCAGCCACUCCCCAGCAAAGUGUUCCCCGUGCAGACCUGUAUGGGCAGAGAUCUCAAGCUCACUCUUACAACCAAAGGGAGCGCACAUAUAGGGGACCAAAGCCCACAAUCCCAUGCCUCACUGCACCAAACCCCAGAGAGUUCUCCAGGAUGAAAGUGGCACUAGAGAACCUCCUACCGGAAGACGCCACAGAGCGGUACAAAUACCAGAUCCUCACAGACCACCUUAAGUGUGAGGAAGCCUCACUUGUGGCCGAUUCGUACUGUAACUCUAUGCAGCCAUACACAGACACCAUGCAGGCUCUAACCAAAAUGUAUGGACAGCCCCACAAACUGGCUGUGCAGCGCAUCGCAGAGCUCAUGGAUGCUCCCAAUAUCCGCAGUGGGGAUGUGAGUAGCUUCCGUCUCUUUGCGCUCACUGUGCGGUCUUUAGUUGGCAUGUACAGCAGCUGGGGCAGAGAGGCCAGAUAG